UUAAGCUAUUGACCACAAAAUGGAAGUUGUACUGACUCUACUUUGUUCUUUUCCAAAUUGGUGCAAUCAAUGUUCAAAGGUUAUCAUUGAUGAAGCUGAUAUUGUAACAAAAGUAAACUGGGAGAAUUGUACCACUGCGAUGAACUAUUAUAUGACUGUGAUGAGUAGUCCCACGAAGAUUCUUCUGUAUGAAAACACCACUUCCUGCUGUGAGGGACGCAUAAAUAUUACUUACAUUAAAGGGAAUGAGACAACAAGAAAUAACAUUACAACAAAUUUCAAUGAAGAAAGCUUGAAUAAUUCGACAAGUACAACCACCAGUUUUCUGACCCUGUUAGACGCCAUGAUGUCUAGUGAGGAUGAUCGACAAAAUGGAAAGUGUAGAGGCGGAUCAAAAAACAAAAACAACAUCAUAAUUCCUACUGGCAUAUUGUCAUGCCUUACUGUUAUCUUUAUUGUUACUUUUCUUGUAUUGUCUUGUGUCAAAAGGAGAAAAUAA